AUGGCUGCCACUAAUGUUGUGGACGGUGCCAACGGUGCCAAUGGUAUGAAUGGUAUGAAUGGCUCUCAGAAGUCAGCCCUCGUCUCCGUUGAAGAGUUCACUGGGGAACAAAGCUACGACUACCUCAUCUGUGGUGGAGGUACAGCAGGACUGACAGUUGCUGCUCGCCUGACCGAGAACCCUGAAAUUACGGUCGGAGUGAUCGAAGCUGGGAAGAACAGACUUGGAGAUCCCCUCGUCGACAUUCCUGCCAUGUUUAUUCAGAUGCUGGGCAACAAGGAGUAUGAUUGGGCUUUUGACACUGUCCCUCAAGCCGGGAACAAGGACAGAGUCCAUCAGGUCGCACGUGGACGUGCGUUAGGUGGAAGCAGUGCGAUCAACUACAUGAUGUAUGUCCGCGGCUCAGACCAGGAUUAUAAUGACUGGGCGGAGCUUGCAAACGAUCCAUCCUGGUCUUCGAAGAGGAUGAAGGAAUACAUGCGGAAGCACCAGACCUUGGAGCCCAUUGACGAAAGCAUCACCGACAGAUCAUCCAUGCCGUUUGUCAGUGGGAACCACGGCACCAGCGGACCUGUUCACACCAGCUUCAAUGACUUCCGGCUUCCAAUCGAGGACGACAUAGUCAAGGCAGCAGACCAAGCCUCAGGAUUUGACAAGAAGCCCACUGACCCUUGGAGCGGCGAUCAUAUAGGGUUCUACAAUACUCUUGGGGCGGUGGUGCGGACGGGACCGGAUAAAGGGAAACGCAGUUAUGCGGCUCGUGGAUAUUUCCAACCCAACGAACACCGGCCAAACCUCAAAGUCAUUACCGAAUCACUGGUCUCCAAGAUCAUCCUCGAGGACAAAACAGCCGUAGGAGUGGAGUUCAUCCACAACGGGCAGAAACAUACGAUCAAAGCAAACCGCGAGGUCAUUGUUGCCGGCGGCGUCAUCAACUCGCCGCAAAUCCUCGAGCUGUCAGGCAUUGGCGACCCCAAGAUCCUGCAGGCCGCGGGCGUCGAAUGCCUGGUAGACCUGCCCAGCGUCGGCAACAACUACCAGGACCACGUGGUUACGGGGACGGUGUACCAGCUCGCCGAAGGUCAGAUGUCAGGCGACUCGAUCUACAAACCGGAAGUGAUGGCGGCGGCACAGAAAGCGCUGACCGAGAACCAAGGCGGGCCAUUGACCGCGAUUCAAACAGUCCAAGGUUUUUUUCCGUGCGCACUAUUUCUCGAGGAAGGCGAGCUGGAUCAGAUCGUUGACUCAAUCGCCUCGACGCAAGCCUCCGCCACCCCGUUUCAGAAGAAACAACUGGACCAAGUGAUCGCGCACCUGCGCAACUCCCACUCUGCAAACCUGCAGUUCGUCUUCAUUGGGGCCACGGGCGACUUCAAGCACGGCGUGUCGGACCAGAGCCAACUCUGGCCACCCCCAGCAGACACCUCGGCCCCAGACGGGAUCUCUCUGGUCGUGUGUCUACAGUACCCCGCAUCUCGGGGCCACGUCCACAUCACAUCCGCCGACCCAACCACUUACCCUGAAGUCGACCCGGCGUAUCUACAUCACGAGGCCGACGUGGCCGUACUCGCAGCAGGCAUCAAGUUCCUCGAAGCUCUUGCUCACGACGCGCCCGCGCUGAAGGGCAAACUGGGGCCCCGUGUUCAGCCGGAUCCAAGCAUCAUCCCGGCACUGGAUACCGUUGAACAACGCCGCGCUGCCGUUCGCGAGGUUUGCAUUGGCGAAUACCAUAGCUGCGGAACCUGCGCGAUGGGCGACACCGUUGACUCACGGCUCAAGGUGCGUGGCGGAGUGCAGAAUCUCCGAGUCGUCGAUGCGAGCGUCUUCCCGAAUCAUGUCUCUGGGAAUAUCGUCAGCAGCGUCUACAUGGUUGCCGAGAGGGCCGCGGAUCUCAUCAAAGAGGAUUGGGAUUAUGGCGUGCUCAAUAGGGUUAAGCAGGAGCAAAUGAAGGCUAGUCUAUAG